UCCUUUCCAUCAGUUCUCACGGCCGUCACACAAAGUCGCCCUGUUUCGGAAAAAAGGUGACUCUGUCUGUUCCUGUGGUUCCCCUUUCCAGGCCUCAUCCCCUCGGCGAGCUCCGGCGUGCUGCGACCUGCCGCCUGCGCCACCAGCCGCUAUCUAAUCGAGGGCCUCGUGGCAUUGUUCCGCGGCCCCGGCUUCCGGCGACCUGCACCGCCAGGCACUGCCGAAUCGAGGGCCUGUCGGCAGUGAUCCGCGAGCCAGGCAGUUGGCGAUGCGCCCAGGAGGAGGGGUAGAUGGCUGCAAGGACAAGGGAAACCCACCGGCGACCGGACACCGGGGCGACGACAGGGACGCCCCAUCCCCUUCGUCGCCGUUCCCCUCACCCGAGGGAUCGUCUGAGGAUGAGCAGCAGCAGCAUCCGGAGGUGAGCCUCCCGGAGGACGCCAUCGUCGAGAUCCUGUCGCGGGUGCCCUACAGGUCGCUCCGCCGCUUCAAGUGCGUGUCAAAGGCGUGGCUUGCCCUCUGCUCCGCCCCAGACAUCCGCAGGAGGUCGCCGCAGACCCUGUCUGGCUUCUUCCACUUCACCACGGAUGGCCUCAAGUUCCACAAUUUGUCCGGGAGAGGCCCGCCUAUGGUCGACCCCUCUCUACCUUUCUUGCGUGAAAGGUUCAAACUCGUCACGGUUGAACAAUGCUGUAGCAGCCUUCUCCUCUGCCAAUGUGUUUCAGAGGGACAGGAAUAUGAUUAUGUUGUGUGCAAUCCCGCGACUGAGAGAUGGGUUGUCUUGCCUCCGAUAGUAUUGCCGGAUGGUCGACUCUUCGAGUUUUACGAGGGUAACAUCUUCUUAGGUUUUGACACUGCCGCUGCAUCCCGCUUUGUGGUGUUUGCGCCGUUGGCCGAUUAUUGCUACGAAUUUCAGGAGGUAGCCAUAUAUUCAUCAGAAACUGGACGAUGGACUUCUGUGCAGAGUGACUGGGGUUUCGGAACUAUUCUUGUUGGUAAUCCAGAAUGUGUCUUCCUGAAUGGGGUUAUGCAUUUGACUACACACUAUUCCGCAUCAGUAGUCACAGUCGACAAUGAGCUGAAAGUUUGGAGGAAAAUUAGAAUGCCAGACAUUACGGCAAGCAGCUAUGGUAACGCUAUUGCUUCCAUUGGUCAUUCUCAGGGAUGCUUGCAUGCGUGGUGGAUAGAUAACCAUCAUGACUACCAACUCUAUGUUUGGGUUCUUGAGGAUUAUGACACUGGAAAGUGGAUCCUAAGGCACACAGUUAACGUUUUAGAACUAUUCGGAAGGCAUCGUCGCAAAGGUACUGAGUUCUAUAAGAUGUUUGCAAUUCAUCCGGAAUGUGAUUUGAUUUUCCUUACUGAUGGGGAGAAAAUGACAGUGUCAUAUGAUAUGGAUAAUCAGAAAGUAAAUGUUAUCAGCACUUCUAAAGAAUUCUUGGAUGGUCUACCUUAUACCCCCUGUUUUGUGGAAUGACUGUCAGAUGGUCACUACAAGUCGGGACAGCUUCACAAUCUUAGCAUGACAACAAGAAUCAGUGGUUGGUAUGGACUUAUUCUUAUAGUUUUAUGGCACUGGCUUGGAAAUGUCCCAAUUCCUAUGUCUACGGUUUGGUAUUUCGAUGUCUUAAUGUUCAGGUGUAUGUCUUUUUGUGGCUAUGAACGAUAUUGGUUAUACAACUUUGUAAGGAUAAAAGUUAGUUGUUUCAAUGAAUCUAGUCAUUUGAUCUAUUCACUUUCAUGUAGAACUAAUUAUUGUGUCCACUGGUUAGCUCUUAUGUGGGGUAAGUGUAAGACACUGAGAGUGCAUUAUCUUACAUAAUC